CCGGUCCGAGGCACCCGGCGGCCCGCGCGGGCGCCGCAGCACGUCCGCAGGCUUCGCCAAGGGUGGCGGUCGCUGAAAGGCGGGCGAGUCGAGGGCGGGCCUGGGAGGCGGUCGAGAGGUGGGGCGCCGCUGGGGGCAGUCCGGCGCGGGCUUCAUUUGAGGGCGCACGGCCUGCGCGCGAGUACUAUACGAGCGUGGUGCACGAGCAGACGCUGCGGCUAUGUGUCGCCGCUGGGGAUUCUUGAUCGGCUUCCUGGGCGCGGUGUGCCUACUAGGCUCCGGCAACGGCGGGCAGCAGCCCCCAGAGACGGCGGCGCAGCGGUGCUUCUGCCAGGUUAGUGGUUACCUGGAUGAUUGUACAUGUGAUGUGGAAACCAUUGAUAGAUUUAAUAAUUACAAGCUUUUUCCAAGACUGCAAAAACUUCUUGAAAGUGACUACUUUAGAUAUUAUAAGGUAAACUUGAAGAGGCCAUGUCCUUUCUGGAAUGAUAUCAAUCAAUGUGGAAGAAGGGAUUGUGCUGUCAAACCUUGUCAAUCUGAUGAGGUUCCUGAUGGGAUUAAAUCUGCGAGCUACAAGUAUUCUGAGGAAGCCAAUAAUCUUAUUGAAGAAUGUGAACAAGCUGAACGACUUGGAGCUGUGGAUGAAUCUCUGAGUGAAGAAACACAGAAGGCUGUUCUUCAGUGGACCAAGCAUGAUGAUUCAUCAGACAACUUCUGUGAAGCUGAUGACAUACAAUCCCCUGAUGCUGAAUAUGUGGAUUUGCUUCUUAAUCCUGAGCGCUACACGGGUUACAAGGGACCAGAUGCUUGGAAGAUAUGGAAUGUCAUCUAUGAAGAAAACUGUUUCAAGCCACAGACAAUUAAAAGACCUUUAAAUCCUUUAGCUUCUGGUCAAGGGAAAAAUGAAGAAAAUACUUUUUACAGUUGGCUAGAAGGUCUCUGUGUAGAAAAAAGAGCAUUCUACAGGCUCAUAUCUGGUCUACAUGCAAGCAUUAAUGUGCACCUGAGUGCAAGGUAUCUUUUACAAGACACAUGGUUGGAAAAGAAAUGGGGACAUAACAUUACAGAAUUUCAACAGCGGUUUGAUGGAGUUUUGACUGCAGGAGAAGGACCAAGACGACUUAAGAACUUAUAUUUUCUCUAUUUAAUUGAAUUAAAGGCUUUAUCUAAAGUGCUGCCAUUCUUUGAGCGCCCAGAUUUUCAGCUCUUCACUGGAAAUAAAGUUCAGGAUGCAGAAAAUAAAAUGUUACUACUGGAUAUACUUCAUGAAGUCAAAUCAUUUCCUUUGCAUUUUGAUGAGAAUUCGUUUUUUGCUGGGGAUAAAAAAGAAGCAAACAAACUAAAGGAGGAUUUUCGACUGCAUUUUAGAAAUAUUUCAAGAAUCAUGGAUUGCGUUGGUUGUUUUAAAUGUCGACUGUGGGGAAAGCUUCAGACACAGGGUUUGGGCACUGCUCUGAAGAUUUUGUUUUCUGAGAAACUGAUAGCAAAUAUACCAGAAAGUGGACCCAGUUAUGAAUUCCAUCUAACCAGACAAGAAAUAGUAUCAUUGUUUAAUGCAUUUGGAAGAAUUUCUACAAGUGUGAGAGAAUUAGAAACCUUCAGGAACUUGUUACAAAAUAUUCAUUGAAGAAAAUAAGGUAAAGUGUGCCUGUUUCUGGACAGUGAAGGCCAAAGAGUGGAAUUUCAUUCAAAAGCAUAGUAGCAAUGAGUCUUAAGCCAAACCUUUUAUAUAAAGCUGCUUUUGUAAGAGGAGAUCUCUAUUGUUUUAAGUAAACACUUUUUGUAAUUGUGUUAAGUCUUUGUAUAAUAUGAUUGUGAGUAAAAUUAAUACUCUGAUAAUGUAGUAAAAAUUUUAAACUUUAAUGUUGAAUAAAAUCAGGAAUAUCAAGUUCA